UAAAUUGUAACAAUGAAAAUAAAAAUGAAUAAUGUCCUAGGACCAAAAAUAAAUAUCAAACGAUGAAGUUGCUUAACGAACCAAACUCGAGUAUAUUACUUUGGUACGUGUAAUAAUAUUCCUUAAUCAAAAUCAAAAGAUUAUUCUGAUAAAUUAUUAAAAUAAAACACCAAUUUAGAUUAACAGUAUUACACAGAUACCCAAACAACACCCAAAAUCUUUUCCUUGUGUAAAGUAAGAACUAAGAAAUGAGAAUUACAAGAGCAAUGUUGGCGCCAAAAGAAGAGAGGGUAGAAUAGUUAGGUUAGGGCGUUAACCGAAGAAGAUGGCUUCAGCAUUUGGAUGGUUCGGUCCUCUCAUUGACCUCUCCGCUGCCUCCUUUCACAUCGGCGAUUUCGUGCAGCUUCUCGUCUUCGUUCACCGUUCCUUCCCCGUUCAGUGCAAGUCGUCCAAACGCGGACGAGACCUAACGCGAACCGACAUCGAAGUCGGCGACGAUACGACGACGUAUUUCGUGGUUUCUCUCUGGCAGAAGCACAUGGCGUCCGCGGUGGCAGCGGGAGACGUCGUCUUGUUACAGAAUUUGAAGGUUGCGAAGUAUGGCGGUGUUGUUGAGGCCAGAACCGUUCAGUGGUCUUCGCUGCUUCGCUUGGUUCACCCUUACCAAUCGCUUCUCUCCAACGCUGUUGAUGAGUUGAUAACAGGUUGCCGUGUUGGGACAACAACAAAGGACAAGCUUAGGAAGGUCAUAAAGUGGGUGCAGCAGUCUCGGUCCACCAUCUGCAACAUCAAUUUGCAGUCCAAUAAACAAAUUGAGCUUCUGCCAAGAAACUGGACGGUGCUUGAAGAGGAAAAGCCUAGGGACUGCUUUUCACUUAUGGAAGUCUCUCAGCUAACAGCAUCCUGCAAGGCUAUUGUCUGUGCAUCUAUUGGUGAAAUUGUUCCACUACUUACCUCCAGGACUGUUGGUGAUACGAAGAAAGAGAAGAUUUUCAUUAGCAGGAGAGCUUACAGGGCUGAGAAUAAUAACUUGGUAGAUGAUCUCAUAUGCACUGGCUGCCAUCUCUGUGGUUCACCCUUAGAUUUAAAAUUUGAGCAAAAUGCUAAUCAAUUGAUGUGUUGGAAAAAUUCAAGCCGCCUUCACUCUAUAUGCUCGAUAUAUAGGCCCUUCAUGCUAUACGUGUGGGAUGAAUCAGAUUACAUGCCAAUUCUCGUUAAGAACAGGGCCGCAGAAAUCUUGUUUGGGAACAUCAAGGCUGGAAAAGUAUAUUCAACUUACAGAGAACAAAUGCGUAACCAAAAUCUUGGUCCGAGAAAUAAAUGCAAGGAUAAAGAUGCCGGUGAAAGACUUGCUAUUAACCCGAGACUUUCUGAGGAAGGACUUCCUAGUGCCAAUACGUUAGAGGUGGGUAAGAGCUUGCAAUUAGAGGAAAAGCAUCUUCCUGAUAAGUUCAACUUUUACCGUGUCUGGUUAAUUCUUCUUAAAAUGUUGCUGAAACAAGGAAAGAACGGGCCUCUGAAAUUUGAGAUCAUUGUUGAUCCCGGCUUAGAUAUCGAAAAUGGAAAGUUUGAAAUGGUUUCUGCAACAAUGCCUUGCUUUGGAACCAAAUGAUUUUAUCCAUCCUGAACUUUGCA